GCCGCGGGGCCGAGCGGAGCGGGAGCGGCGGGAGCGGCGCGCAGGAUGGCUGCAGCUCCUCCAAGCUACUGUUUUGUAGCCUUGCCCCCCUGUUCCAAGGAUGGGCUGGUGGUGUUUGGGAAGAACUCUGCACGGCCCAGGGAUGAAGUACAGGAGGUGGUGUACUUUGCUGCUGCAGAGCAUGAGCCAGGAAGCAAAGUGGAGUGCACGUACAUCGAGAUUGAGCAGGUGCCCAGGACUCACGCUGUGGUGCUCAGCAGGCCCUCCUGGCUGUGGGGGGCAGAAAUGGGAGCUAACGAGCACGGAGUGUGUGUAGCUAAUGAAGCUGUCGUGACCAGAGAACCAGCUUCUGAGUCUGAAGCCUUGCUAGGCAUGGAUCUUGUCAGACUUGGCCUAGAAAGGGGGGCAACAGCUAAAGAAGCCUUGGAUGUAAUAGUUGCUCUGUUGGAAGAGCAUGGACAAGGUGGAAAUUAUUAUGAAGAUGGGAGUUCAUGCCACACUUUCCAAAGUGCAUUUCUGAUUGUGGACAGGAAUGAAGCCUGGAUACUGGAGACUUCUGGAAAGUAUUGGGCAGCUGAAAAAAUCACAGAGGGAGUGAAAUGCAUUUGCAAUCAGCUUUCAUUAACUACAAAAAUUGAUGCUGAGCAUCCUGAACUAAGGAAUUAUGUGAAAAGUCAAGGCUGGUGGAACGGAGACUCUGACUUCAAUUUUUCUGAAGUGUUUUCUCUUGCUGAUGACCAUUUAGCCUGUUGUUCUGGCAGGGAGAGCCUAGAAAAACAAGGUGGUGACGUUUCUGCACAAGCUAUGAUUGAUGUCCUGCGUGACAAGGACAGUGGUGUCUGUGUGGACUCUGAAUCUUUCCUUACUACAGCUAGCAUAGUGUCUGUUCUGCCUCAGGACCCUAGUUUUCCCUGUAUUCAUUACUUCACUGGCACGCCAGACCCUUCAAGGUCCAUAUUUAAACCCUUUAUUUUUGUUGAUGAUGUAAAAUUAGUACCAAAAGUGCAGUCUCCUUCUUUUGGCAAUGAUGAUCCUGCUAAAAAGAUACCUCGAUUCCAGGAGAAACCAGAUCGCAGGCAUGAAUUGUACAAGGCACAUGAAUGGGCUCGAUCUCUCCUGGAGAAUGAUCAGGAUAAAGGCCAGAAACUGAUGAGGAUUAUGUUAGACCUUGAAAAACAAGGUUUAGAAGCAAUGGAAGAUAUCCUUUCUCGUACAGAGAUUCUGGAUCCAGCUGAAGUAGUGGAUCUUUUCUAUGACUGUGUUGACACAGAACUAAAGUUCUUCAAAUAAACUACAGUGGCUAUUGUUAGCCUUUUCACUGGAAGACUGCAAUGCUCUUCAAGCCUUGAAAGAAAGUCUUCACACUUGUGAUUUUGCAGGAAAAAACAUUUCUAGAGGAAAAAAUGUUACUUGCUAGCUGUAUCCAGUUAACAAAUUGCUUUCCUUUGUCCAAUCUUGUGGUGUUCCUGUUUGUGUAUGUAUAUAGUGAAAGGAGAAAGUCACUGACUGGUCCAAUUACUGUGUGCAUGCUGGCUAAUUUAGUACAGAAUGUUAAAACAUGUAUGUUGGGCAACCAAUUAAAGUAAAGAUUUAACUUCA